GCCAUGAUAGACUCCCCUCCCGUUCCUUCCUUCAUCAUAUCGGAAUGAAUGUUGACAAAACUUGCACUGUGUGUAGGUCAGGUGAGGAAACUCUUCCCCAUAUAUUUCUACACUGCGAAGUAGCUAAACACCUUUGGAAAUCCCUUAAUUGGGAUACCAUUACAACAAGCUCAGAUAAUCAGAAUUGGCUAGAUGUCGUCAGACAUAGUAACCCACUGGUUCCCUCCAACAUUAUCAAUUGGAAUCACUUGCUCUCAUUCCUUCUCUGGAACAUUUGGAUUAACAGAAACUAUAAUCUGGAAAAUAAUACAAACAAUCUUAUCUCCUUACCCCAUAUCAUCAACCAAGCUACUGAGUUCCACUAUCUUACAGAAAGGGAAAGUAACCAUGAAGUGAGACUCAGCUGCAACACGAAAUGGAGGAAGCCACAACUAGGCUGGUUGUUGCUGUCCAUGAAGGAGAAGGACAUAGUGGUCCGGCAUAGCUUCAGAGAAGGAAACAGAAUAGCAGAUCGUCUGGCCAAGGAAGCUACCAGUCAGACUGUCCUCAAUAAGCUAGUUUAUUUUAUUAGACCUCCCCCAUAUGUCGUGGCCAGGAUGCUGGCGGAUAGGGAUAGAGGUGGUAGUAUGAAAUUAGUGCUAGAAGCACUUGUAGAACUCUAGCUAC